AUGAAUAUCAGGCAAAAGUCUGUUCUAUUCUGGAACACGAUUGACGGAAUAUCCGACUUUUUCAAGGUGUCUGUUGGUGUCUUGACUUACGUUCUCCUCACGGGAUGCAGCCCUUUCGGUGGUGAAACUGAUCAAGAAACUCUGCUGAACAUCACCCAGGCACAGCUGGACUUCCCUGAGGAAUUGUUUGCUCACAUCUCAAAGGAUGCCCAGGAUUUCAUCAAAUCCCUGCUGAAAAAGUCUCCGAGCCAACGACCGACAGCGAAGGAGUGCUUGCAUCACCCCUGGCUGACUCGCCGCAGCUACAGGCGCCGCAAGAACCUGUACAAGCUGGCCGCGAAGCCGCCGUCCAUGCCGGCGUUGCCGUUCUACAAGCCGCCGUCGAAGCCGCCGUCCUUGCCGUCCCUGCUCCGCUCGUCCCACUUCUUCAUGCCCAGCAUGACACUGUCCACGCCGAGUCUCGUCACCCCAGUCAUGACCAUUUCGACGCCGUGUUUGCUCAUGAGCCCACUGGGCCCCCUGUCCCCGGUCAACUCCUUCCGCGUCGACUCCAGCUGUCACCGACUCGACGACCCCGCUGUGGCCUUCCAGCAAACCCUGGCUGCUAUUGCGAGAUCGAAUUCCGGAUCAUCAACGACGGUUCACAGAGUCCUGCCGGCCAGUGUGGUUUCCGUCAACGAGGAAGUUUCCAAGCAACACCAGGAUGUUGGAUCAGAAGACGCUGGAGCCUUGUCCCAGUCCUCUGACCUGCCACUGUCUCAGCCCCGUAGCUGCAUCGAGCAUCAGGAUAAUUACGUGUCCCAGGACAGUGCUAUUGAAGAAGAUCGUUCGGAUCUCGAUGAUGCCGAUGAAGAGAAGUCUGUGCAAUCGCAAGCUAGCACCGACACGACCACCGCCAUCACCACGAACAACAUCAACAACAAUAAUAACAACAACAACAACAUUAAUAAUAACAACACCAUCACCAACAACAAUAUCGAGAAAAAGACCGUGACUAUCGCGCAAGAAGAACUUGCAGUGCGAUCCGCGAGUUUCGAGAAGCUUCUCUCGGGUUUCAUGCAGCGACUCGGUCAACAGCAGAACUUCGACGAGACAGCAAAGCCCUGCAAAAUCAUUCUCGACAAG